GUCAGGAUGAAACACCGAGUCUCACCUGCACGAUGGCUGCUUGGCCAGGCUAUCGUCGUCUGUCGUCUGUCGUUUGUGUUAUUCUUCUUGUCAAUGUCGUCUCAUAAUUGGGACUGUCUUCGAUGGUGAUCCCCAUUCGCCUUGACAGCAGCCAUGGUGCUUCUGACUUCCUCGACCGUCUCCGUUAUCAUCUCGACCGGCGUCAUCUCUCUCUUCACUCUCCUUCUGUUUCUCUCGGGUUAUGUCCUGCAGCAGCAGUCCGUUCGCAGCAUUCAAAAUGCUCUCCGACCUGAUCCCGCACCCAAUCCCGUCCUGAAUCCUGCAAGGCACGGAUCAUCGAGAUCGUCAUCCCAGAAGGCUGAACGAGGUCUGCUCUCUGAUAUCGUGCCUGAUGGCCCAGUGACGAGCGGGAAUUUCGCCUAUCUCCAACUCCUAUCUACUCCAGAUCCAUCCAACAUCUGUUCUGCGAUUCUCUUCUUCAAACAUCUCGCGACAAAUGGCACGGCUAUACAAGACCGUCUUUUUAUGUACCCACAAGAAUGGGACCAGAUGUCUGCCAAGAAACUCUCGAAACCCGUCUCAACCGCACUCUCUCUCCUCCGUGCAGCGAGUCUCAAAUAUAACAUCUGGAUGCUCCCCAUUGACAUGACAGCGGCGACUUCUGCGGGGUAUACCCCCACCGACACCAAACUGCUACGUCUGGGCCAGAUUCAAUUCCUGCAGUAUGACAGCGUGCUGUAUGUGCAAACUCCCGGUCUACUUCUCGACACGGAAAAGCUGGAUUCUGUCGUGCUCUCUCGACCUUUGCCUCUGCGACAUGAUAAAAAUAGACCGGAUUCCUACAACAAUGAGGCAUGGAUUCCUAUGCCCCUCCGCGCAGAGCGCGACGACACAUUGCCACCUGUGUAUCUGAUCACAGUCAACAACAUAGGCUCUGGGCAUAUCGAGGCCCGCACCCACAUUCCCAAUGUUGCUAUUCCAGGGUUUGGUCAAUUAGUCACUGGUCCGUGGGGGGCCAAGUCUACUAAGGAUAGCGAUUAUGAUGCCGACCAGCAACCAGGCUACGUCUUCUUCGAGCAUGAUCGUGAUGGACAUGUUCGGUGGGCAGAUAAUCCAUUGUUUGGGACUUGGAGAGCACAGCAGUAUGAGUCAGCCGAUCACCACGACUCGCCACGGCGUUGUCUGCACCACCUGCAGCGACUAUCGUGUAUUGAAUUGAUCAAUUGAAUGCGAUAUUUAUAAUGCCACGAUCGUCAAGUCCAGUAUCAAAGCAGAUUGAACUACGAGCAAAUGUCGGGUGAGAAGAUCCGAGGAUAUGGACUGACUUGCUGCUAAUUAUUAUCAAUUGCCGCAGAAACGUAAG